AUGGGAGAAAUGUCUCAGGCACAUGUCCCCAUCCGUAUCGAGGACUAUGGGCUCAUUGGCGACAUGCGGACAUGUGCACUUGUGGGCAAAAACGGCAGUAUCGAUUUCAUGUGCUGGCCAAAGUUCGAUUCUCCGUCUAUCUUCGGCAGGAUCCUGGACACAAGCAAAGGCGGUGGCGGCCACUGGAGCAUCAGUCCGCAAAGCAGUACGGUAUGCAAGCAAAACUACCGCGGGUCUUCCAACAUCCUCCAGACCAAGUGGAUUGACGAGGACGGCGUGGUCGAUGUGACCGACUUCUUCGCCCUGUCCAAGUACAACAAACUCCUGCGAGAGAAAUGGAGUGGUUCAACUCUGGUGAGGAAGCUGGAAUGUGUGCGCGGGAGGAUGUCUUGUGACAUUGAACUCUGCCCGCGGCCUGGCUAUGCCCGGGACAGAGGCGCCAUGCGCGCCUCCAAGGUCAAGACCGAAGAUGGCACGCACCACCAGUCUCUGUCUUGGAUCCCGGAAAACGAGAGUGAAUGCCAGGAGAUGCCGGAGUUCUUUGCCACAUAUUCCACACACGACCGGCCGCUGAGCGCUCCACCGAAAAUGUUCCAGCCCGUCGCAUCCGCCGAUGGUACCACGGUCAAACUACGAGCCAGAUUCGAGCUCGAGGAAGGACAGCAGGUCUUCAUGAUCAUGUGCAACAAGCACGUUGCUCCGCAUCUGACCCAGGACCUGGUUGUGAGCCUGGAGGCCGAGACGUACAAGUUCUGGACGUCGUGGAUUCGAACGUGUAAAUACGCCGGCCGGUUCCAGCAGGAGGUCGAACGCAGCAUGCUGAUCCUGAAGCUGCUGACCUACGACCCUACCGGCGCCAUCGUGGCCGCUCCGACAUUCUCGCUGCCCGAAGCCAUCGGCGGACCCCGAAACUGGGACUACCGCUACUCAUGGGUGCGCGACUCCAGCUUCACCAUCUACGUCUUUCUGAAGAUGGGUUUCUCUGCCGAAGCAGAGGCGUACAUCAACUUCAUCUUCGCGCGCAUCGCCGAAUGGCGCAAGGUGGCCGAGUCAUCAGACGCAAUCCACCACCUUCCAUUGAUGUUCAACAUCGACGGCGACACGUCGCUCCCCGAGCUCACCCUCGACCACCUGUCGGGAUAUCAGGACAGCACGCCCGUACGCAUCGGCAACGCCGCCACGGACCACGUCCAGCUCGACAUCUAUGGCGAGCUGAUGGACUCGGUCUACCUGUUCAACAAGCACGGCAAGCCCAUCUCGUACGCGCAGUGGCUGGACAUCCGCUACCUGACCGACUUUGUGUGCCGUGUGUGGGACCAGCCCGACAUGUCCAUCUGGGAAGUGCGCGGGCAGAAGCAGCAUUUUACAUACUCGAAGAUGCUGCUCUGGGUCGCCGUCGACCGAGCGCUGCGGCUGGCGGAGAAACGCAACUUCCCCUGCCCGAACCGCAACCAGUGGCUCCAGACCCGCGACGUGAUUUACGAGCAGGUGAUGGAGAAGGGCUUCAACUACGACCUGAACUGCUUCGUGCAGAGUUACGAGUCCAACACCACGCUCGACUCGGCCGUGCUGGUUGCCCCGCUGGUGUUUUUCAUGUCGCCCAACGACCCGCAGUUCGUCGGCACUCUGGACCGCAUCUUACGCACGCCGGAGAAAGGCGGCCUGACCUCGGCGGGCUUUGUCUUUCGCUAUGACCACACCAAAACCGACGAUGGCGUCGGCGGCCGCGAAGGAACAUUCGUCAUGUGUACGCUCUGGCUGGUCGAAGCGCUGGUCCGGGCCGGCAAGUAUUCGAAGCAGUACCUCGACGUGGCCAACACCAUGUUUGAAACAGUUACCAACUUCCGCAACCACGUCGGCAUGCUGAGCGAGGAGAUUUCCGUCAGCGGCGAGCAGCUCGGCAACACCCCGCAGGCAUUCAGCCAUCUGGCCUACGUCAGCGCCGCCCUCAAUCUGGAGAGAGUCAAGAACGGAGAAUAG